AAGCUGGUGCUUCCUCACAGGGUUUUUUUGUAGCUGGGGCUGGGACCUUGGUGACAUGGGAAUCAGGAUGGCUUUGAAUGGACAUCUGUUUCUCCAGGGACUCGGUUUUCUCAUUCUCUGCACCCUGGUGGGCGCUCCAGUUGUGGAGCUGAAGCUGGAGAAGGGAGGCCACCGCUGUGAGGGGAGAGUGAAGAUUAAGUACCAAGGACAGUGGAAAAUGGUGUGGGAUCCCAACUGGGACUUGAAAAAAGGGGCUGUGGUUUGCAGACAACUGGAAUGUGGGACUGCUGUUGAUGCUUCCAUAAGGCCUCACUUGGGAGCAAGGAUUGGAUUCAUUCAGCUUACACAAUUUUCCUGCAAGGGGACAGAACCAACUGUCAAUGAAUGUUCAUAUUUUAAUCAUCGAUAUAUGAUAAAUUUUGAUUAUGUUCUUCCCUGGAAUGUUGGAGUGGUAUGCUCAGGAUUUGUCCAUCUGGCUGGAGGGAACGGACCAUGCUCAGGGAGAGUUGAAAUAUAUACUGGAACAGAGUGGACUCCAGUGUCUGAUAGGAACUUCACGUUCCCCACUGCCCAUGUCAUCUGUGCAGAGCUGGGGUGUGGCAAGGCUGUGUCUGUCCAGCAGGAUAUGCCCUUGAGAGACGCCUAUGGACAGGUCUGGACUGAAGAGUUCUGGUGUGAGGGGCAGGAAUCUGAGCUCCAUUUCUGCCACAGAGUGCCCUGUCCUGGAGGCACUUGUCACCACAGUGGGGCUGUCCAUGUUGUCUGUUCAGAAUACACAGGACUGCGGCUUGUGUCUAAGGAUGGGUCCGAAUGUGAGGGCCGAGUGGAGAUUCAGAUUUUUGGAGAUUGGAGACCGCUCUGCGACUCUCUCUGGGAUCUGGCAGCUGCCAAUGUUGUCUGUCAGGACCUUGGCUGUGGGGUUGCCAUUGCCACCCCAAGAGGGGUGCCUUUUCAGGAAGGAAGUGGCCAGGUUUGGAAGCACAAGUUUCACUGCUCAGGGACUGAGUCCCAUUUAUGGGAGUGCCCUGGGACUGCCUUGGGGUAUCCUGACUGUUCCCAGGGAGGUGCUGCGUCUGUGAUCUGCUCAGGAAACCAGACCCAGCUUCUGCUUCCAUGCAACAACUCCGUAUCUCACCCAGCGGGCUCUGCAGCCUCGGAGGACAGUGCUGCUAACUGCUCAGAGAACAGAUGGCUCCGCCUGGUGGAUGGGGGCAGUCCCUGUGCUGGGAGAGUGGAAAUCCUUCACCAGGGUUCCUGGGGCAACAUCUGUGAUGACAACUGGGACAUGAACGACGCCCACGUGGUGUGCAGACAGCUGGGCUGUGGAGUGGCCAUUAAAGCCAUUGGUUCUUCUCAUUUCGGGGAAGGAACAGGACCCAUCUGGCUGGAUGACCUGAAAUGCACAGGACAGGAGUCCCAUGUGUGGAGGUGCCCUUCCCGGGGCUGGGGACAGCACAACUGCAGGCACAAGGAGGACGCAGGAGUCAUCUGCUCAGAGUCCCUGGCCCUCAGGCUGGUGAGUGAUGACCAUGACUGUGCUGGCUGGCUGGAGGUCUUCUACAACGGGACGUGGGGCAGCGUCUGCAGAAGCCCAAUGGAGCCCACCACCCUGUCUGUGAUCUGCAGGCAGUUGGGCUGUGGGGACACUGGCGAGCUCAACAUUUUGGCUGGUAUCAGGACACUCUCUCAGCCCCUUUGGGUGGAUGGAAUCCAGUGUCGGAAAAGUGACACCUCUCUGUGGCAGUGUCUUUCUGAUCCCUGGAACAACAGAUCAUGCUCUCCAAAAGAAGUAGCUCACAUCAUUUGUGCAGGAAAGAAACCGAAGAGCUGUCCCACUGCUGCCCCCUGCACAGACAAAGAGAAGCUUCGACUCAGGGGAGGAGACACCACAUGCUCAGGGCGAGUGGAGAUUUGGCACAACGGCUCCUGGGGCACAGUGUGUGACGACUCCUGGAGCCUGGCAGAGGCCGAGGUGGUGUGUCAGCAGCUGGACUGUGGCUCUGCCCUGGAAGCCCUGCAGGAGGCUGCAUUUGGCCCAGGAAAUGGGAGCAUCUGGCUGGACGAGGUGCGGUGCAGAGGCAGGGAGUCUUCCCUGUGGGCCUGUGCUGCGCAGCCCUGGGGGCAGAACAACUGUAAGCACGAGGAGGAUGCUGGAGUGAGGUGCUCUGGUAAGAGGACAACAUCUUCCCUGACCGUUGGAGGCACAAGUUCAGGCUCAGACCCUGUCUCCGACAUCUUCUCCCUACCUGUGGUCAUCUGCCUCAUUCUGGGGGCCCUUCUCUUCCUGGUCCUUAUCUUCUUGGGAACUCAGCUGCACAGAUGGAGAACAGAGCUCCGAGUCUUAUCUAGUUUUGAAGGUGCUCUCGAUGAGGCUUUGUACGAGGAUAUUGAUGAUUACAUUUUACAACCAGAGAAGGAGGACCUGUUGGACAACUCAGGAAAACUGUCUGAUGAGUCAUUGACUAAGCUGCCAUAUUACACAGGAAACAAUGAGGAGGAUACAGAUCCUGAAUCUGUCCUAGACCCUCCAGGAAAGCAGACUGAUGCCACUGAAAAUGGUUACGAUGAUAUUGAAGAGUUACCUGUUUCUGAAAUUCCUCCUACCCCUGGAAUGAGUGAGAAGCAUUUUUUCCCAGAGGAAGGGCAUGGUACCAGGUAUUCCCAGACAGGUGAGUGGACAGCUAUGCCUGCAGUAGUCUCACUGGUUUGUCAUAGGAAAACUGAGACAUGUAUAGAUUUAGAAAAUGUUUCAGAUUGUGAGAGGUAA